CGGAUCCAGAGCAAGUGCUACAGGCGAUGCUGGGAGGUGUAGUGAGUACGUGGGCGGGGCCCAAAGUUCCAUCGCGGCCUGGGAGUCUCCCGAGGGAGGCAAGGGGAGCAUUUUCUCGCUCUGGCCAGGGCUGUCAAAUGAGGGCUGAUCCCAGAUGGGUUUAGCCCCGGCCCUCACACUCAAUCUGAUCUCGCGGAUAAUAAUCCGACCCGGAGACGGUUCUUUGGGAAAGGGCCGUGAGAAUAAACAGAGAGGCCUCCUUUGCUGAACCGUGCAGUGGUCUCCGAGGAGAAAGUGGAAGAUACUCCGACGGGUCUUGAAAGACGCGGUCCUGUCCUCCUCCCUUUUGUUCUUUUUCCUCCCCUGCUCUUGGCCUCUAAGUGGCCUUUGUACGGCAGAGUGAAACUCCAAGUCCCGGCAGGCCGAGAGGCGCGCGCACGCGCGGUGGAGCUGCUCCGCCACGCCGCAGGAGGAGGUCUGAUAGUUUGGCAUCUGAUUGGCCCGGUGUUUUAUGAGUUUUCUUCUCUGAUUGGCUGAGCUUGCUGCCGGAAAGGUCCCGAGCCCGGAGAUGGAAGAGCAGAGGCGUUCUAUGGGCUGGGUUGAAAGCCUCAUCCCCCAAAUAGCAUCGUCCUGACCCCCAGCCCAGGGGCCACCUAGCCAGUGGCUGUUCUCUCCCAGCAUUGCGUUUAUUCGGUGUUAACAGAGACACGGAGAGCGGGGCACGCUCGCAGGUCAGGGAGGAGAGUGACUGUUCCUGGGCCUUCCCCUCCUACCCUGCGACCAGAACUCCAGCCCUAGGGAGUGGGCAGGGCCUCUUGCCGAGCCUCACGCCCUGCUUUUCGCCUCCUUCAGCGUUGUCUGCUAGCUGCUUUUCCUGCUCUCUCUCCCAAGAGACGAACGCUUGAGCCCGAGAUGGCAGCCACCCUGCUCAUGGCUGGGUCCCAGAGGAGACGUAAUGCCAUUGCCUUCUCGACGUUUCUAACCAUGUCUCUAAUUUCAAGAAGAGAAGCUGGUACUAAACUCCCAGAUACCAAGUAGUGAGGAAGCGUUGUGUGCUUUCAGGCCCCUGUGACGUUUGAAGACAUGGCCAUGUACCUCACUCGGGAAGAAUGGAGACCCCUGGAUCCUACCCAAAGAGAUCUUUACAGGGAUGUGAUGCAGGAGAAUUAUGGAAAUGUUGUCUCACUGGAUUUUGAGAUCAGGAGCGAGAACGACGCAAACCCGAAGCAAGAGUUUGGCGAAGACGUGGAAUUCGUGACCAUGGCCGAAGAGCCGGCCGAGAACGCCGAGAAGAACGCCGACGGCGAAGAGGCCUUUGGACGCGGAGACGGGGCGGGGAGACGGUGGGGCGAGCUGACGGCGGAGGAGUGGGUGAGCUACCCGCUCCAGCAAGUCACCGACCUGCUGGCGCACGAGGACGGCCCCCCGGGCAUCCGCUACCACAUAUGCUCACAGUGCGGGAAGGCCUUCGGGCAGAUGGCGGACCUCCACCGGCACCAGAAGACGCACGCGGGGGACAGGCCCUACAAGUGCUACGAGUGCGGCAAGGGCUUCAGCCGCAGCUCGCACCUCAUCCAGCACCAGCGGACGCACACGGGCGAGAAGCCCUACGACUGCAGCGAGUGCGGCAAGAGCUUCGGCCGCAGCUCGCACCUCAUCCAGCACCAGACCAUCCACACGGGCGAGAAGCCGCACAAGUGCGCCGAGUGCGGCAAGAGCUUCUGCCGCCUGUCGCACCUCAUCCAGCACCAGCGCACGCACAGCGGCGAGAAGCCCUACGAGUGCGGCGCCUGCGGCAAGAGCUUCAGCCGCAGCUCGCACCUGGCCCAGCACCAGCGCACGCACACGGGCGAGAAGCCCUACGAGUGCGACGAGUGCGGCCGCGGCUUCAGCGAGCGCUCGGACCUCAUCAAGCACUACCGCGUGCACACGGGCGAGCGGCCCUACCGCUGCGACGACUGCGGCAAGAACUUCAGCCAGAACUCGGACCUGGUGCGCCACCGGCGCGCGCACACCGGCGAGAAGCCCUACCACUGCGACGAGUGCGGCGAGAACUUCAGCCGCAUCUCGCACCUCGUCCAGCACCAGCGCACCCACACCGGCGAGAAGCCCUACGAGUGCGGCGCCUGCGGCAAGAGCUUCAGCCGCAGCUCGCACCUCAUCACCCACCAGAAGACCCACACCGGCGAGAAGCCCUACGAGUGCGGCCAGUGCUGGCGGAGCUUCGGCGAGCGCUCGGACCUCAUCAAGCACCAGCGCACCCACACGGGCGAGAAGCCCUACGAGUGCGUGCAGUGCGGCAAGGGCUUCACGCAGAGCUCCAACCUCAUCACCCACCAGAGGGUGCACACCGGGGAGAAGCCCUACGAGUGCACUGAGUGCGACAAGAGCUUCAGCCGGAGCUCGGCCCUCAUUAAGCACAAGAGAGUUCAUACCGACUAAGCCCCCCCCCCCCUGCGGUGCUAAGGGAGAAAUGACUCGUGGGAAGGUCGGCUGUCUCUGGUGUCGGCGAGCUCUCUUAAGACAGCGCCUUUUAACCUUCCGACUUCCUGUCUUGUGAGGCCACAGUCUAGAACAGGAGAGAAGACGACCCUUUUGAAAGUUUAACCCGCAGCUCUGGGGACGUGCUCCCCUCCUCCAAGAUAGGGAUUUUUAUUCACUGGUCAUUACGUGCAUUGCUUCGUCGGUCAGCCCCCCCUCCCAACCCCAAGUAACUUGGAGGCUGAAGACCAGAGGACAAGAUGCUGGUGGAUGAGGCCUGGAGGUGGAGUAGACCUUUAAAAAGUUGUGUUGUUUUGUUUCCUCUCGUAUCUUUGGCCCAAAGAGACUGCAGUGGGAACGUAGAACUGAAACAGGGUGGUCGCAGCGGCUUCGGCAGAAGGCAGGCGGACUUGCCCUGAGUUUUUGUGGGUCACACACUGGCCGCUGGGCUCCCAUACUUCCCUCCCGAAGGGCUUUGGUUUUGAGUAACUCCCACUCGUAUCUUACCAUCUUCUUGCACACAGGAUUCAGCACGCUGAAGGCAGCGAUCGCAUCGUUUCUCUUUGUUUCUCAAGGAGCAUAGCUUGCAUGUUUUUCCGAGCUGACCGAAGAUUCAGAGCAAAAGGAAAAAGGAGGCGCAGGUUUGGGGACCAAGGGCCCGAGGAUGGUGACGACGUUAGCAAGCGAUACAUACCCAUCGAUACUGCCACUAGUCAGAUUUAUGUGUUUUCUUUAAAAAUCACCUUAGGGAUCAUAGUACGGAGACUGCCUUUAGGAAAAGAUAGGGCUGGAAGGGAUGACAGGAUGAAAGAAGGAAGGGAACUGACCCCUGGGCAGGAAAGGGAGCGCAGAAACCUUCCCAGAGGACGUCAUCUCUGUGUGCCGUCCAGCCUUUACGGUAGCUCGCCCCUGUACUGCUCGCCCUGGAGUUUGGUGGGUCCACACCCCAGGCUUUAUCCUAGCUUGCAUUAAGGCAUGUGUCUGUACAGUGAAAUGUGUAUUCUGAUAGCAGCAACCGAAUUCCUAAGAAUCAGCAUGUUCUUGCGUGACGUAGAUCCUAAGAUAGAACUGUAACAUAACUCCAGUGUGAGAAUCUUUCUUUUGUUAUGGAAGAAAAUUAACAUCAGUGCUCAGGCUUGCCCUGGCCUGUAAGGUUUGGUUUUGUACAGAACUGAACGCUUGUGCGUGUUCAUCAGUUGUGAGAGAAUGGCUGGACGGUUAGAUCCAUUGUCCUCUCUCAGACUUAGUUAUCUCCUCCUGUGAUGAAAUGGCCUCAUCCGAAGAAAUACAUCUAGACAGGAAUGUGUUUCCGGCCUCCAGAUAAAAAUAGUUAAAAAGGUACCUCAGUUCUCCUUAGGUAGCCCAUGUAUUGGUGCUUAUCCAGCCUUGGGGGGAUGGAAGGGAGUUGGCACCCAGGAGCUGGGGCUGGGAUGUAUAUAAAUUAUAUAUAUUUCCAUCAAUCACUGGGUAUAUAUAUAUAUAUAUAUAUCCAGUAUAUUUCUGUGGUGCUUAGUUGCAAAUGUAACUUUAUUAUUUUUUUAUUAAAGAAAACCCUUUUUUGUUUAAUUUUUUGGGAUUUGGCACUUAAAGAGAGUGCUUUCACUACAAAAAGUCACUGUGACCACAGCUAGGGGACACCGUAUCACUAGCUAGUGAUAACUGCAAAUGCAACUGAAUGAAAAACUGCUCCAAGAGCCUCUUAAGUGGUCACUUCCAUUUGAGUGUGGACUCGAGCCAGGGCACAUGGUUUCUCUUCUGUACAAAAUCUAGCCGACUGGGUACUCAUAUUUUAACUCCUAGGUGACUUACAUUCUCUUGGUUACUAAACUCAGAUAUGUCUUCUGUAUCAGUGUAGCUGGUGACUUACGUGGAGUUCAGCGUUCUCUCAUUGCUUCUUUGAGCCACUGUAAGUGACUGCUUGGGAGUGGCCUGUAGAACACAGCACCUCUGACCCAACUUCAUACACCCCCUUUCCCUCCUGUUUCCAACACAGACACACACACACACAUACACAUACAUACAUGCACAUGCAUGCGCACCCCUGUGCCCCAAACCCCGCUGCACCCCCACCGCUUCCCUCAAGCGCACCUGGCCUUCCUGUAAAGGUUAUGCCACGUCCCGAUGGCUGCUUUUGCCUUCUAGGAGCUGAAGGGCUCCCAAAGGUUUCUGAUCGCCUGUCCAUCUCUCCAUCUGUGUCCAUCACCCCAGCUGGGUGGCUAAAAGGGCAACGGCCAUGCCAUCUCUGGCCACUCUGCUGCGCUCAGUGGCUGCCCUUCCUGUGCUGAACUUUGUGGAAGUCUGCCACACUUCACUAACGCUAUCUGCAUGCCUUCUGUUCGCAAGUCCCUGUUUCUGCACCCACCCAGACACUCUGUGCCUGUGUUCUAUGGUUGUGGAGAGUGGAUGAACAAGUAAAUCUGUAGAGCAGAUUCCCUUGGUAUUGGUCAGUUACCCUAGUAUCUUGUCUAUCGCUGUAUUAUCUAACAACACUCUACAAUUAAAGAUAUAAUUUUUAAAAUCAAAACAA